AUGGGUUCGAUUCUAGAUUACAAUAACGCCUCAGUCCCAGCCCUCACAUCCCUGGAACGCAUCGGCCCCAAAGGAUACCUCCGUUAUGUCUUCCCGUUCCAGCUCGCCGAAGACUACAAUAUCGAUGCAGUCGCUACAGUCCUGAGGACUGGAUACGACGCCCUCAAGGGCCGCAUUCCAGUCGUGGCCUGCGAGGCCAUUCCCGAUCUCAACUCGAAGCAAACCGGUGUCCUGAAACUGCAGAGACUCGAUGGCUCAGAUAUCGAAGAUAUUGUAGUAAAGGAUCUACGAAACUCCGAUACCUUCCCGCAACACUACUCAGAGCUCAAAGAGAAAGCCUUCCCCGUGGCUGCUUUUGAUGGAGACAUCUUAUGUCGCCGGUCCGUUUGGCCAACUCCCGGAGAGAGACUACCGAUAUCCCUCGUACAGGCGAAUUUCAUCCGCGGCGGCUUAAUCCUCACAUGGUGUAUCCUACACAUGGUUGGAGACGGGACAUCAUUCUAUACUUGGACAAAGGUCUGGGCUGAUGAAUGCCGGCGUGCGCUACAAGAAUCUUUCGAACCAGUCCAUCUCGACGAGGCCAUUUGGCGCGACAGAAGUCGCAUGAUGAUGCCCUCUGGUCGGAAUUUUGGGUUCCUGAAGACGCAUCCGGAAUACACUCUUCUUCCUUUCACGCCAGCAGGUGCGCCGCCGAAGAUGUUAUCGCCUCACCACCGCGGCCAGGUCUUCUAUUUCUCGCCUGCGGCGCUCAAGAAACUAAAGGCGGAGGCGUCCCCGGCUCGCGCAACAGUGCCAUCAGACCAACCCUGGAUCUCGACCAAUGAUGCCCUCUCCGCGCUACUCUGGCGCACAGUCAUGACAGUGCAGUCACCGCUUGACACUCUAAAAGGCAAUCCAGUAUCCGUCUUCAACAUCGCCAUAGACGGCCGCCAACGAACAGACCCACCCGUCCACCCCGAAACCCAAGGCUGCUUCCUCGAAUACAUCGCCGUCUCCCUCCCCGUCCGCAAAAUCCUAGGCUCACAAAACAUCGCCGACCUAGCAACUCUAAUCCGCAAAGCAGUCCUCCGCGCAAACAACAAAUACACAGAAGAUGUGAUGACUCUCGUCGAACAACUCGAAGAUGUCGAUAGGCUAGUCCCAACAGCAUUUCUGGACGUGCCCGGGUUCAACUGUAUUCUGAGCUCGUGGGUCGGGUUCGAGUUGUAUCCGUUGGAAUGGGGCUCGUUGCUUGGGAAGAUUGAGGCCGUGCGGACGCCGAGUGUGGGUUGUAUUAAUGGGUUGCAGAUUGUGCUGCCGCCGUUGCCGGAUGGGGGUGUUGAGAUUUUGAUGGGGGUUGAGGAGGGUUGUUUGGGGAGGUUGUUGGAGGAGCCUUUGUGGAUGGAGUAUGCUGUGGCGAGGUAGUUUUUGAUUCUCU